GGGGAGUUGAAGAAGAACUUUGGUUGGUCAUGCAGAAUGGCCCAAUCGCGAUGAAUGAUGAAGAGCAAAGUACGUGGUCAGCUGCGCAGAAGAAGAGCGCUCAACUGAACCAGCGAGUUAUGCUCGUGCUGCAAUCGGCUAUGAAUCUAGACGAAGCCGAUCAGGUAGAAAAUUGCUCAACAUCCAUGGAAAUCUGGAGAGCCUUGGAAAGCACUUAUGAAGAACCUGAAGAGAACGAGAUAGAUUCCAGCUCUAUAAAUGAGGACUACAAAUGGUAUCUUGACAGUGGCUGCUUCCACCACAUGUCUGGUAAGAAGUCCCUAUUCUCUUUUUUAACUUUGGUAAGUGGAGGUAAGGUUUGGUUUGGUGAUAAUGGGUGUGGAGUUAUUGGAUUCGGAACUGUUGGAGAAAAAACUAUGUCGUCUUUUAAAAAUGUUUUAUUUGUCGAG